GGGGAAAUGGUAGUAGUCCAUUUCAUGAAGUGCUGGUGAAGGUUCGGUGGGUUAAUGCCGAUCGAAGUGCUUCAAACAGCGUGAUACAAAGCUUAACGCUAAGUGCUGUUCGUUUCUGAGCCUAGUGUCUAAAUGUAUCUCUUUCCUUGCCUCAGAUCCCGGAAAGUGCCCAACAGUAGGGAAGAUUUUUUUUUUAAAGUGAGCUUUCGUUUGCUUAGCCUGUUUAAAAACAAAACUUUCUAAAUAACUCACAUCCCACAUUAGGGAUAAAAACCAGUCGUUAGGUAAUGCUGCAGUUGAAAACCGUUGUUUGAUGUUUGGAAAACGCCGCGGUCAGACCUUAUUUGUGCUGUUAGGAGUUGGCAUAGCAGGCCUGAGACUGCUGUCCUUGGGUGCCUUGUAGGCGUCUGGGAGCUUGGACCUUGGGAGGAUUCCCACCCGGGGCAACGUGGUUUAUGUGGAAAAGUAAUUUUUGUGCCGGAUUUACCACCUUCCAUGCAAAUACUGGGCACCAAGUCUUUAAUGGGCUUCCGUGGGACGCAGGAUUACUUACCUGGUGUUGAGUUUUCUUGGUUGGUGAAGAAAGCCUUCUGUUUAACUCCUCGUGGGAGGGAGAGCUCAAGGAAUUGGCACAAAAUUUCCCCAGACCUGGCCUUUCUUUGUUAGAUCAGGCUCUCUGUCUGUUCUACUGCUGUACUAAAUGAUAUCUAUGAGUACAAUGUCUGCUGAGUCCUGUGAAACCUAGCAAAUCUCAAAAUGUGGAGAAGUCUUGGAGAACUCCAGACACAGUAGAUAACAGAUGCGGGUGAAAGAUCCGUCCAAGGUGUUACCUGAGAAAGCCAAAAGAAGUAAAAGGCCCACUGUACCUCGUGAUGAGGACUCUUCAGAUGACAUUGCUGGUUUAACUUGCCAGCAUGUGAGUCAUGCUGUCAGUGUGAAUCAUGUGAAGCGGGCAGUGGCUGAGAAUCUGUGGUCAGUUUGCUCAGAAUGUUUGAAAGAAAGGAGAUUCUUUGACGGACAGCCGGUACUUCCUUCUGAUAUUUGGUUGUGCCUCAAGUGUGGUUUUCAGGGCUGUGGUAAAAACUCGGAAAGCCAGCAUUCUCUGAAGCACUUCAAGAGUUCUGGACCAGAGCCUCAUUGCAUUGUAAUUAGUCUGAGCACAUGGAUUAUAUGGUGUUACGAGUGUGAUGAAAAGCUAUCAACACAUUGUAAUAAGAAAGUUUUGGCUCAGAUUGUUGAUUUUCUCCAGAAACAUGUUUCUAAAACACAAACAAGUGCAGUUUCUAGGCUCAUGAAACUUUGUGAAGAAAAAUGUGAAACGAGUGAAAUAAAGAAGGGAAGAAAAAGCAGCAAUGGAUCAUCUGUAAAAGGAAUUACAAAUUUAGGAAAUACUUGUUUUUUUAAUGCAGUCAUUCAGAACUUGUCACAGACUUAUAUCCUGACUGAACUUAUGAAUGAGAUGAAAGAAAACGGUACAAAAUUCAAGAUUUUUCCUUCCUCAGACUCUCAGCUGGACCCAUUGGUGGUGGAACUUCCAAGCCCUGGCCCACUGACCUCAGCCUUGUUCCUGUUUCUGCACAGCAUGAGGGAGACUGAAAAAGGACCACUUUCUCCAAAAGUUCUUUUCAAUCAGCUUUGUCAGAAGGCACCUCGAUUUAAAGAUUUCCAACAACAGGACAGUCAGGAGCUUCUCCAUUACCUGCUGGAUGUAGUGAGGACAGAAGAAACGAAGAGAAUACAAGCUAGCAUUCUAAAGGCAUUUAACAACCCAACUACUAAAACUGCUGAUGAUGCAACUAGAAAAAAGGUCAAAGCAUAUGGAAAAGAAGGUGUGAAAAUGAACUUCAUAGAUCGGAUCUUUAUUGGUGAACUAACUAGCACAGUAAUGUGUGAAGAAUGUGCAAAUAUCUCUACCAUGAAAGAUCCUUUCAUUGAUAUUUCCCUUCCUAUAAUAGAAGAAAGGGUUUCAAAGCCUGUGCUUGUGGGAAGAAUGAGUAAAUACAGAAGUUCACAGGAAAGAGAUCAUGAUCAGUACAGUGGCGUGGUUACUAUGGAAAAUACUCAGCAACCCAGACCUGCCAAGAAAUAUUCUUCUUCUAAAGAUAAGAAUCAACAAAUUCAUGACAGAAAAUGUCAAAGAAAACUCUCACCCGCAGAAGAAAAAACCAUUUUCACAUACCAGAAAAACGCGGACUUGGACAUGGAUGGCGCUCCUUCAGUUUCUGCCGGAGCAAGGAGUCCAAACGAAAGCCCCACCGAUGGCAGCGGAAAAGAAGCCAGCUGUUCCGAGAGCAGUGUGGAGGCCGACAGCGAGGCCUCCGAGUCAGAAAGCGCUUCCAAGCAGGCGGGGCAGUGCAGAUCCCGCGGCAGGCCCUGUGCGCUCACAGAUGGGCGCCUGCCUGGUCCACCCGCAGGUACACUGCCAUCCACUAAGGAGACCGACAGUGGUGAUGAGGCAGUGGCUAACGCCAUUUCUGAACUUUGUCUGAGCAGCCCUGAAAUUGGAGAUGGAGAUUUAGACAGAGAAAAGCAGCCACUUAGUAUUCCAAAUAAGUUAGGUUUUGCAGGGGAGGAGCAUGUGAGACCUCACAGUCCCCAGCAUGCUUUUCAGACCCUCUCUCAGAGCUACAUCACUACUUCCAAAGAAUGUUCAGUUCAGUCCUGUCUCUACCAGUUUACGUCUAUGGAAUUACUUAUGGGGAAUAACAAGCUUCUGUGUGAGAACUGUACUGAAAAGAAGCAGAGGUACCCAAAGGAAAUCAAUUCUGCGGAGAAGAAAGCAGAAGCGGUUUAUACUAAUGCCAGGAAGCAAUUGCUCAUUUCUGCCGUUCCGCCUAUCCUAAUUCUCCAUCUGAAAAGAUUCCACCAGGCUGGCUUGAGUCUUCGUAAAGUCAACAGACAUGUAGAUUUUCCACUUAUGCUUGAUUUAGCACCAUUCUGUUCUGCUACUUGUAAGAAUAUAAGCAUGGGUGAUAAAGUGCUCUAUAGUCUCUAUGGCAUAGUGGAACACAGUGGCUCCAUGAGAGGAGGGCACUACACGGCUUAUGUGAAAGUGAGAACACCCUCCAGGAAGUUAUCAGAAUAUAUCACUGGAAAGAAGACUGUGCCUGAUGUGAAAGAACCUGACAGUGAAUCGGUGGGCCAGUGGAUCCACGUUAGUGACACUUAUGUGCAGGUGGUUCCAGAAUCAAGAGCACUUAAUGCACAAGCUUACCUUCUUUUUUAUGAAAGACUAUUAUGAGUAUUCAUUAAUUGCCAAUGGUAAUAUUUAGAUUACUUUUAUUUGAAUGCUGCAACACAACCAAAAUAUGUAAUGUGCCUUUGUAGUCCUCUUUCUUCUGUAGGAAUGGCAUGUCCCUCAUAUGCUUCUGAACUUCCUCACCAUUUUGGUAAGCCCUUUUAAAGUAAGUUAAUGUACUCAGUGCUUUCAGAUUUGCAUUCUUAAAUAAGUAACUCAGAAUUUACAGAAGAGGAAAACCCUUUACCAUGUGGCUUGUUAUUACAAGCAGUCAGAGUCAAAUCAUUCCUUGAGACACUGCUUCCUCAAUGUACUAUACCUUCCUGAUCAUAUAUAUAUAUGUCCUAUGCCAUUGUUUACUUAUUAUUUUCAAAUCUUUUUCACCUUUUUUAGCCUUAGCUUUUUUUUGAGCAAUCAUAUUUCACAUUUAAUGUUUAAUUUUCAUACUUAAACAUUAAAACAUUGUUCAUCCAGGUUCCACUCCCUAUAAAAUCAUCUCAGGGCUAUCCAGUGGUAUAUGUGUACUGCUGCAUAAGAAACACUGCUGUGAUACAUGAAGUAAUGCCUAAUAUGGCAUAGCUAUCUUGUGAUUUUGUAUGAUUCAGCCACAUAAAAAGGCAUCACUGUAAUUUAAGUAGUGUGGAUUUACCAAUAGUAUAUUGAUUGGCCUCUUGUUUUGAGACCUAAAAAACUGCUGAAAACAUUUCAUCAACAUACCAUUUGCAACCUACUCAUGGUGGAGCUAGGAAUAAUUUGCAAGUGGUUGUCCAGAGUCAAAAUAUAAUUGUAGAUAACUGUAAAAUGCAGAAUUGGUAAAUAAAAGUAGAUAAUCCAUAUGAGACUGCAGGAUAGUUUGAAAUAUAAACUAGCAAAUUAUAUUUGUAAGUGAUAGAGAAUUAUAUUAUUAGACUUAACAAGGAAACAUAAUAAAUACACUUUCUACCUCUGUAUUUCAGUAUAUGUUAAAAAUAGUUUUUAGAAUUUUGAAAUCACUUUUAUUGUCUUCAGUAAGCAUCAUUAGUAAGUUCAUGUGAGUUUACUUUUAUUUUCAUGGUGCAUAAAGUUGACCUUUCUUGUUUUCUUUUUAAAUAAUAUGAAAAAGAUGAUAGUUUUUUCUCUCUAAAUAACAAAUUAUUAAGCUGUUGGAAUUUAGCAUGAAAAAUACUGUUAAGUCUAAAUUUUCAAAAACAAUGGCUCCUUCACUGUCAUAUUCUUGAGUCAAAACAUUAACUCUAUAAUUCAGUCAUUCUGAUCAUUCUUUCCCAAGAACGAUACUACAGGCAAACACCAGAUGAGUGCCUGGAUCCAGUAUGCUCUCCCCUGGAGAAGAAGGAUAAGAAUAGUGGGUGUAGAUAAUGUGUAGAAAUAUUUAACCAUGAUUGGCCCUUUUUAAAAUGUUAGUGUAUAUGACAUAAUCAAGGUUACCAGUGCUGCCUUUUGAUAUAUGGAUGGAUGGAAUUGUGAUUAAGGUGGUAAUGGUAUACAAUAUAUAGUGCUUAAAAAUGUCAUUGCAUGAAUUCUCUUUUUAACAUAUAGUACUUUUCUUGAUUUUUUAAACCAUGAGAUAAUGGAAGUAUAUAUUUUUAUAAGUUAAUCUGCUAAGUCAGGUUGUAUCUUCUGUAAGUACCUUGCAAUAUUUUCUUUUUAAGUAUAACCAGUUUACAUUGAAGGAUCACAGUACUGGAGCAGUGAAAUUUUUUAGAAGUAUUAAUAAAUUUCUUCAUUCAAUUCAGCUAUUUUGGUAAUAGCAACCACAGUCCUCUCCAACAAAUGUAAAUAUUAAAUCACCUCAUUUUUCUCAUAGAAAAGAUACUAAGAAACAUGCACUUUUCAUUGACUAGUCAUCUGUUUCUUGUCAGACCUACUGUGGGCCAGGUACUGUACUGACUUUUAACAUUCUGUAAAAUGGAAUGACCUACAUAGAUUUUAGGCAUUAUUCCAGAAGGUACAUGUAAGUAAGACACAUUUAUUUUCAUUUCCUUAAUAUUAAGUGAACUAAUGCUGAAUUUUUUAUUGCCUAGGACUAUAAGUUUUUUUUCCUUAUCUUCUGAAAAUGGAUAAAUUCAGUUUUGAUACCCCAAAAUUUCCUAAACAUUUUGUAAUAGAGAAAGUAUGCUGAAUUACACAUUGGCCUACAUUAAAUUUUUUUUAAUUUUGAUUAUGUCCAAUACAUAUUUGUAAGGAUAUUAAAUUGUGAGGCCACUAGCAUAACAAUAGCUUCUGGGUCACCUCAGGAAACAGUAUAGAUGAGUGAGAAUGUUUACAGACCAUCAACUCAACUACCAUGAUGCUUGACUGAAGGAAUUUAAGAAGCUUAGCAAAGAUGUUUACUAGCUUUAUUUAGAAACUGGUUUACAGGGUAUAUUGAACCUGAAUUCCCCCUAGUUUUUCCAUAUUUAAAAUGAUAAAAUUUUGCUUAUGUGCCAAUUAUGUGAAUAUUUUGACAUAACCAAAUAUACAUCUAUACUUAAGAUUUUUAUUAUUUAAUGUUUUUAGGAAUUAUGUGAAGACUGCCUUUUCAGGUGGCCAAAGAGAAUGAUAGUUGAUGUCAAUUAAAAAAAGUAGUUGACAGCUGUUCUUAUUUUAAAUGUACCAACAGAGACAUUUUACUACAUUUAAUAGCUGUUAGUGUGCAUGUGUGAUUUUAAUCAUGAUUUUUAUACAGUAGCUGAAUAAAAUUUCCUGAACAUUAAAUUGUGA